CUCGCUCUCUCGGCCAUCCCGGCAGAUCAUCCUUCCCACCUCGGCAUCAUGGCCUUCUCUUGGAACCUGGUCGGGACCGUCCUGAUCGGCGUGGCGUUCUCGGUCUUUGCCCUGACCCGGGACUCGGUCCGUUGGGGACUGAUCCUGCCCUACUCGCCCUUCUGGCUCGUUCUGGCGACGGUGCUUUCGCAGCACAUCUACUCGCACCUCGGCAGCGGCCACUAUGCCAACUCGCAGUUUGCCUUCACCUGCGUCUAUUUUUCCAUCAUCGCCGGCACGCUGUCGUCGCUGUGCAUGGCCUCCAUCGGUGGCUACAUCGACGCCUUCCUGUGUCUCGCCCUGGUCGUCGUCCCGGCUGUCCGAGUCCUCCAGGUCGAAAACAUUUCCAACGGGCCCGCUCGUUCUCUUCGGCAGCCCAUUUCCGACGACCCCUCUGUCCCUCUUCUUCCGUCGGCGUCCCGCCACAGCGAGUCCCAGAAGCGCCUGGGCCUCUUCGUCGCCAACUUUGUCGCCACCGCGGCCUGCAUCCUCAUCCUGAUGGGCAUUCUGUCCAGCACCUCCCUGAACCUUCUCUUCCGCAUCAAUCGAUACAACCCUGCCGAGAUGCAGAGUGUCGUCCUGGACGGACAAACCCUGCAGGUCCACAUGCACUGUCGAGGCGAGGGCCAGCCCACGAUCAUCCUGUCGUCGGGCAUGGCGGUGCCCUCGGCUCUGUCCUGGAAGGACAUGUUUGGCUCCCUGGCGAACACCACCAAGACAUGCUGGGUCGACCGUCCUGGGUACGGCUUUUCGCAGUCGGCCCGGCUGCCCCAGACCAGCAGAAAAUACGCCGAUAUUCUCGAGCAGCUCUUUGUCCGCAGUUCCCCGAACGAGUCGUUUGUGUUGGUAGCGCAUUCAUAUGGCGGAUACGACGUCCGGCUCCUGGCCGACCGGUACGAGUCGCGGGUCAAGGCAAUGGUCCUGAUCGAGGCCUCGACCGACGACUUUCCUUCCGCCAUGGACAAGAUUCAGCAUGGAGCCGCCAGCCGUGAAAUGGGCGAGAUGAGGGAUUUCUCGCGGGCUUUUGAGCUGCUCUCGCUUCUGGCCCCCGUUGGACUCGAUCGCCUGUUCAAGGGUGUGUAUGAGGACUCACACAUCCGAACCAAGCUGGAAGAUCGCUUUGUCGGCACCAUUUUCAACAAUCGGUUUCAUCGGGCUUGUGCAAACGAGCUCAGUCAUUUCCUGGGCCAGUCGCUGGAGCAAGUUCGGCGUAGCAGGCUCGGCCGCCCAUACCAUUUCCCGGUCCUCGUCGUCACCGGCGGCCUGGAGAUCGCCAACGGCUGUCCCGAAAGCCACAAGCAGGCCUGCACGCAGGAGCAAGUGAGGGCCGCUGCCCACCGACUGACCCAAGCCAAGCUCGUGGACUUGGGCCAGCCCGACCACCCAUUCACUCAGCAGAUUGUCGUCAAGGACUCGAACCACUUUGUGAUCUUCAACAGUCCCGGGCUGCUGGUCUCCAAAAUCACGGAAAUCGUGCAGUAUCUGCGAAAGUAGUGCGAGGGUCUGGGCGAGCGCAAGGGUCGACAGGCAGCCAAUGCUGAAUACAGUCCUUGCAAGACGACGGCACCUGUUGGUUGCCAAGUGGAUCGCAAGGGCAGUAGCGGCCCGGCGUGUGGAUAUGUCUUGCACAAUGAAUGACGCUUGACAGAACCCAUCGAUCCGUGGAUGGUUAUCACGGAGAAUGGCCGGGCGACAUGGAAUCAUGCGUGGCGACUUUGGGGUUCUGGAACCUGAACAGCGCUGCCCCAUAUUAUUGUAUUGCAUUGUGGCUUCCCUCUGGCUUCGCUCCUCUCCAUUCUCCCCUCAUCGCCCCAGCCCCAGGUUCACACCUCCUCCCAUCGCACACAAUGACAGCCGGCGUCGGCCUCCAUCCCUCCCCUCUCGAUUCUACACAACCAGUGCUUCUGUAUCCAG